AUGGUGAAAGCUGUUGUGCUCGGUGCCGCUGGAGGCAUUGGCCAGCCAUUGUCCCUCCUCUGCAAGAUGUCCCCUCUCAUCGAUGUACUUUCCUUGUUCGAUGUGGUCAACUCUCCUGGUGUCGCGGCCGAUCUGUCUCACAUUGCCACGAAAGCGGGUGACUUCAAGGGAGAGCAGCAAGAGACUGAAGAUGCGAAGAAAGCAGCCUUGUCAGGUGCAGACAUUGUCAUCAUCCCCGCCGGUGUCCCACGCAAGCCUGGUAUGACCAGAGAUGACCUCUUCAAGAUCAAUGCUGGUAUCGUCAAGGACCUCAUCGUUGCCUGCUCCAAAUACUGCCCCAAGGCAUUCAUCUUGGUCAUCUCCAAUCCUGUCAACUCGACUGUCCCCAUCGCCGCUGAAGUUCUGAAAGAAGCCGGCGUCUUCGACCCGAAGAGACUCUUUGGUGUCACCACGCUUGACGUCGUCCGUGCCGAGAACUUCGUCGCCGAGCUCCUAAACCAGAAAGACUCCAGCAAAUUCAACAUCCCGGUUGUCGGUGGCCACUCUGGUAACACAAUCGUGCCUCUGUUCAGCCAGACUCAGCCUUCAGUCGACAUCCCGGCCGACAAGCUCGACGGAUUGGUUCAUCGUGUGCAGUUCGGUGGUGACGAGGUCGUCAAGGCCAAGGAUGGUGCCGGCUCCGCAACCCUGUCCAUGGCAUAUGCUGGUUUCAGAUUCGCCGAAGCUCUUUUGAAAGCCGCCAAGGGCGAGAAAGGCAUCGUCGAGCCAACAUUCGUCUAUCUGCCUGGCGUCGAGGGCGGUGAUGCUAUAGCCAAGGCGACUGGCUGUGAUUACUUUGCCGUUCCUGUUGAACUGGGCCCGGGCGGAGCUGAGAAGGCGAUCAACAUCGUCUCCAAGGCCAACGACUACGAGAAGAAGUUGUUGGAUGAAGCAACCAAGGCUCUCAAGACCAACAUUGAAGCUGGUGUCAACUUUGUCAAGGGCGCUUCCAAGUAG